ACCGUCUUUGGUCGUCAGUGUGGCAACACAGUCAGGUUUCCUAUUUUGUUUUCACACCUAUUAAGCCCAUUUCUCUUCAACACGCCGACCUGGACUCCUCAUGUAUAAAACGUAUUGUAUAUUGUUACUAUCAGCGGCGUUUAACGUCCGCUUCAAUGAUGCGGAGGUGCAAAUGCCGAGGUUCAAACUUAACGAUGGCUACGAUAUACCCGCUAUAGCACUUGGCACAUCGCCGGGUUACAACAGUAAGCAAAAACCGAACGAGAUGGAAGUAGCAGUGAAGUGGGCCUUGGACGCUGGAUACCGACAUUUUGAUACAGCAGCUAUUUACAAUGUAGAAGAUCAGGUCGGCCGUGCUCUGAAGAAAUAUCCCAGAGAAGAAGUCUUCGUAACAACCAAGCUUUGGAACACGAAGCAUGCUAUGAGCGACGUGGUACCCGCCCUUCAAGAGUCGCUGAAGAACCUUCAGCUCAAGUACGUGGACCUGUACCUCAUACACUGGCCCGUAUCACAGCAUGAGAAUCUGACAGCAUCAGACGUUGACUAUCUGGACUCCUGGCGAGGAAUGAUGAAUGCUAAGAAAUUGGGAUUAACGAGAUCCAUCGGCGUCUCUAACUUUAACAAAGAACAGAUUCAGAGGAUUAUCGACAGCGGGCUGGAGGUGCCAGCUGUUAACCAGGUCGAGAUUAACCUGAACCUGCAGCAACCAGAUCUACUGGAAUAUGCCAAGUCAAAGAACAUCACAAUUUGUGGCUAUACGCCAUUCGGUUCGUUGUUCUACAGUAAGGGCAGCGAGGACGCGCCGCCCCCAAGGCUCAAUGACCCCGUCCUCACCAAAAUGGCUGAGAAAUAUAAUAAGACUGUCCCUCAAAUUGCUCUCAGAUAUUUGCACGAACUGGGCGUCAUUCCUCUACCAAAGUCCGUCACGAGGAACCGCAUCGAGCAAAAUAUAGACAUCUUCAACUUCUCCCUCACGGAUGAAGAGAAAAACCUUCUUAAGGGAUUUGAUAGAAACUACAGAACCCUCCCGCAGUACAAGUGGAAGGACUUUCCCUAUUAUCCCUUCGAAAAAAACUAGACCAAGUAAUUUUUCCUUUUGGUGAUGUAAUUUAAUGGCAGUGAAGUGUGUUGAGGAAAUACAUCAAUCAGAAGAUAA